AUGAGAUAUAAUUAAACAAUUACUUAUUUUCAUUUUUCUUUCUUUGAUUUCAGAUAAUGAGGGUACUGCUGGCAAUCGCCCUGGCAGGGUGCCUGCUGGAGCUCGGUUCCUGCCUGAUGAGCCCGAGCUACUUCGCCAGUCAGCACAAAUCCCGUUGUUUCGUGCCGUAUCGGGACAACAGACAUGUGAAGAUGGGGCAACAGAUACCGGCGGGCUUCGCUAUGUCCAGCUUCUUGGACAGGCUCGAACUCCUCGAAGAAAAACUGGCAGCUUCUCCAGGCACUCGACCGUUCACACCCAUCGACAUGGCUGCCUUUCUGCUGCGAAAGUUCUCAUACUACGACUACACCUGGACAAGACUGGGCAUCGCCGACAUGAGAGAUACCAACCACGCCAAAGAACUCAUAAAUAUCAUCAUGGCCAACCUGCGCGAUGAUACGAUCAACCCGGAGACGCUGCUGGACCAAGACGACAUCUGCUUCUUCGUGUUUAGCUUGGCGCACAACGUGAACAGCACUCUCACCUACCAGAAAUUCGACACGUACUCCGCAAACCCAGAGGCACAGGUCCAGGAGACGCCGAGGGAAGAAGGCGUCGUCAGCGUGACGGGUUCACCAGACACCACAGUGGCCAUCGGUAGGACGCUGUUCGGCAUCGCAGCCGCCCAUGACGCGAUCCAGGACAAGAGCAUCAAAGACGCCAUCGGCUCAACGACGGAAAGCACGGCCGGCAACCCCCAAACCGAGAAGGAGGCACUGCUCAAGCCCAUCCCAGCCGUCACCGUUGGAGAUGUCUUAGGAAGCUCCGCUGUCCUGCAUUCUCGAGUUCAGCUCCAGAAAAACUUCGGAUUGACGGGCGAGUGGUUAGAGUCUGGAUGCAUGCUGGAGUACAAGCUAACCAGAGCCACCAACACGUCGGCCACCUUGGCUCACAUUGCAGGGGCCAUCGACGGUCUUAUACUUGGCACGGAGCUGAAGUUGCCGAACUCCCAGCUCCGGAACUGGAACCUGAGCACCAUACUGCGCACGUACUACGGGCCUCAAGGUAUCCAGUCGAGCGGCAAUCGGCAGCUGACCCACUGCCGGCGCCAGGAGCUCUUCAACAACCUGAACAACGCCGAGCUGAAGCAGCAGGUGGUCUACUUCAGCACCGCCCUGGCCUACAAGGGCCUCAUCGCGGAUAACAGGGAGAGGGAGGCAAAGGAGGCCGUGGACAACAUCAUGGGACUCCUCAACAACAAAAUGGGAGAUCUUUCCAGGUUUGCCAACGAUCGUGACAUCUGCUACAGGAUUACGGACGAAAACGAACCGCCAUGUGAAACGCCCACCGACCUGUACCUGGUGCUCGACACGUCGCAGGAUGUCGCCACCAACGAGAUCUACAGGAAACUUCAGAGCGAAAUCCUUGGGGUCAUCACGCGACAGCUGAAGUUCGAGAACGGCGUGAGCACCCUGCGAGUGUACGGGAGCAAGAGAGACGGCACCCUGCUGCAAGAACUCGCCAGGCACAGCGCCGCCGGCGGAUGUCCCGCGUGCGCGGCUCUGUUCCUCACCGACAUGGAGAGAAAUGCCGUGGGGGCCGACAGUGAGACGGAUGUCUUCAAUACACUCAACGAAGCCAUUACGAAUCACAAAAAAGCCAGGGAAGAAAUGCACGGUGUUGCCAGUAAGGUGAUCGUCUAUUUUAAUCUGAGAAAGCCCACGGGUUCAGGAUCUCAGGCACAAAAUCGCCAGCUGUCAGAAGCCCUCAGUAGAUUCAGAGUCACACACUCAGACGUGCCCAUAUUUGCUGUCGGCUUGAAGGAGACGCUGGACGCGCUGAACGCUGGCUCGGCGGCCCUCACCGUGGUCGAUAUCUCGCAGCUGACACAGCUGGUACAGCAGGAACCGUUGGAUCUCAAGCCCGUCAAAGAAAACAACGAACUCAAGAGCCUCGUAAAGAAGAUAUGUCAAGUUCCGGCGGCUCUGCAGUACAAGAACUCCAUGUCGAGGGAUUCGCGCCUGCGAUCAGAGUCUCAAGCCACCUUCGAAGGCUUCGUCACACCCCGGACUGUGCAGUACUGGUCCUAUGACACGGAAUUCUACUCGGCCAGCAGUUACCUUCAAAUUAAAUUUACCGCCGGUAACGGAUCACCCGUCCGGGUUUGCGACUUGACCGGACGUGUCAUCGAUGGCAACUUGGCGGGCCGCAUGUGCUACGAGACCAGCAAUCAAAUGAAGGCCGUUUCCUUCAACUACACCAGGCCGUGCAAGAGGGGUCCUAACAGCUGCUCCGCUCUGACAUUCGCGGUCGUUGGCAAAGAUGAUGCGCCCGGUCAGCAGCAGAGCAUGACGGACGUCGAGUCCUGCACUGGUAUGUGCCGAAACCCUCAGCAAAUUCCAUUCACAAUAACCCACGAAGGGAUGUAUGGUGCUGGAGUUCUUUCUGCGGUGUUCUCGCCCCUCAUGCUGCUGCUGACUGCACUUGCCCUGUCGAGGAAUGCACUCCACAGCUAGCGCGUCACACUGACGACGAAGAUCACGAGGAAACUCAAGUUGCGGGUCAGAAGCAAACAACACACAUUGAGUGCAGUAUGGGGCACAACGUGUGCACUGCCAAAGCAGAAGCCAAAACAAUCAACCCAAAGUAGCAAUGAUAACAAAUGUACGAAAGAAGGGACAGAAAAUGCAUUUCACAAAUAAAUAAAGAGCAAAACGAAUUUUAGUGAUUGCAUAACGGUUUGUACAAUAAAAAGUGUCAAGUGGGGGAACAUGCACAAGCAGCAUAAACAAAGAAGAAUGUGCUGCCUUUUUUUUCACCAUUUAUUUCCUCAUGAGCAUGUUCAUCUUUCAUAUCAGAAAAAUAAACCGAUAUACUAUGUUUCUUUCA